AUAAUAGCAUUGUGCUACAGCCAAAGCUUACAAUCAUUGAGACAAUCAAAGUUCUUUUUAAGUCUCUUUUGUUAAUUUGCCCUUUUUUUAUUUGGAUAUGAAGGUGCUGAGCAGAGAGGAGCUGAAGAAAGCUGAGGAAGAACUCCAACAUUACUUCCCCCAGUCACAGCAGGCAUAUGGAUAUGUCUUCUUGAUGAAUCGAGUAGAAGUUUACCCCGUAGAUGUGCUGGUGGACCAGUGGCCAGAUUUUAACGUACUACUCAUCAGUCCACAGCAGAAGGAGAAAGCAGACCUUUUCAAAGACAAAUGCGUUUUUACCAAGGAUGAAACAUCUCUCAGGAACAUGCUGAUCAGGACGGACAUUUUUGACUGGAAGCAGUAUCUCUGCCUAAGUGUUGACCUGCGUCAUAUGAAGAUGGUAAAAAAUGUGGCUUUGAACCAAGGAGUGAGAAAUAUAAGAAACCAUAUGUGCCAUCAGAUGACACUGCAAGAUCCGUCUAAGCUUACAAUUGAAAGGUUACGCUCACAAGUGUCCUCACUCAAUGAGUCUCACGUUGAUCUGGUCAAUAGUAACUGGAAGUUUGGCAUGGGGGAAUUUAGCGAACGCUUCACCAGGGACAUUAUUGUGAAUUUGCCAUCAUUUUGUGUGCUGGAUGCAGAGGGUCGGCCAGUCUCAUGGAUAUUAACCUAUCCUUCCGGUGCAAUGGGCAUGCUGUACACACAGCCGGAGCACAGACAGAAAGGUUACGCCAAAGCCCUGGUCACCAUAAUGGCAAAGAAACUGCAUUUAGAAGGUUAUCCAGUGUACUGCUCAGUUGAGGAGGAUAACGAAACAUCCUACAGGCUCUUUACCAGUUUAGGUUUCACUGCAGAUCCAUCUUACAGGGAUGCUUGGCUUGAAUGUGGUGAUAAUAAUAGUCCAUAACGAUUUUGAUGAACAAGACAUUCUUGUCAAUAAUGCAAAUGAUUUUUGAAAGACUUGCCAAGCUGCAAUUUGUCCUAUAAUGUAUGAAAAUGCAUGAUUGCCAAUUCAUUAUUAUUAUUAUUAUUAUUAUUA